AUGAUGCCAGGACAGAUCCCCGACCCGUCCCUGACGGCCGGCGCGCUGCCUGGGCUUGGCCCCUUGACGGGACUGCCUGGCACAGCCCUGACUGCCGAGGAGCUGAAGUACGCCGACAUCCGCAACAUCGGGGCCAUGAUCUCACCACUCCACUUCCUGGAGGUGAAGCUUGGGAAGAGACCCCAACCCAUGAAAAGUGAGCUGGACGAGGAAGAGGAGAGGAGGAAAAGGCGCCGGGAGAAAAACAAAGUAGCAGCAGCACGAUGUCGUAACAAGAAGAAGGAGAGAACGGAGUUUCUGCAGCGGGAGUCUGAGCGUUUGGAGCUCAUGAAUGCUGAGCUGAAGGCCCAGAUAGAAGAGCUGAAACAGGAGAGGCAGCAGCUGAUCCUGAUGCUGAACCAGCACCGUCCCACCUGCAUUGUGCGGACAGACAGCAUCAAGACACCAGAGAACGAAGCCAACCCAUUGCUGGAGCAGCUAGAGAAGAAGUGAAGGUGGCACUGGGCCAGGAGGAGGAGACAGUGGUGCAGGGUCUUCCAGGGUCUCUAAUGUAUGUACUGUAUGAAGAACUGUGCAGCCAG